UCACGUUGAUAAGAUCUCCCUACUAUUGUCUUGAUGACUUCUGCAACCAUAUUAGCAAUUUCAAUCUUUUCUGGAAGACCAAUUCAAGUAUAAAAUUCCGCACUGUUAUUCCUGAGAUCAUUAUUUUGUUUCUCAACACUACAGUAAUCAUAUAUAUAUGCUAGUUGUGUUGGAAAUAUUCUGUAUCUGUGCUACGGAAUCAAAAUCCAGUCAUGUCUUAUUCUACAGCUAAAACAGUCCAAAGACUUGCGAUCUUGUUUCCUCUGCUCAUCAUCUACUUGCUAUUCAAUCUCUCCUACGCAGUUGAAGCUGAAGAUGAGAAAAAAAUCACUAACAUUGGAGCAAUCAUUGAUGUUAAUUCCCGUAUCGGGAAAGAACAGAAAGCUGCUAUGGAAAUUGCAGCUGAAAACUUCAACAACCAGUCAGACACUCAUGAGCUAAUCCUUCAUUUUCGAGAUUCUGGCCGCGACCCUUUUCUUGCUGCUUAUGCUGCUAAACAUUUGAAAAGGGAACAAAAGGUACAAGUGGUAAUUGGCAUGGAAACUUGGCAGGAAGCAGUUACAGUAGCUGAUGUGGUCAAAAACCUGUCUGAUCAAAUUCCGGUCAUUUCCUUUGCAGCACCCACCAUAUCCCCGCCACUAAUACAACGGCGUUGGCCUUCCUUGAUACGAAUGGCUACCGAUGGUGCUGCUCAGAUGAAAUGCAUUGGAGAUAUAGUUAAUGCAUACAACUGGAAAAGGGUUGUUGUAAUAUAUGAAGAUGAUGGUUAUGGUGGUGGUGUGGGGAGGCUGGCUAUUUUAUCUGAGACUCUAAGAAAUGUUGGUUCUACAAUUGAGCUUCGUAUAGUUCUCCCACGACUUUCUGAGCCUGAUACAAAUUGGGAUGAAAUAAAGAAGCAGCUGUUGGAGAUUUCCAAUGUAAACUCUCGGGCAUUUAUAGUUCUUCAGUCAUCUUUACCAACAGUAACUGGUCUAUUCAAAGUGGCUAGGAAGAUGGGAUUUGUAGGAAAUGAUUCAGCUUGGAUAAUCACAGAGAGUAUUGCUAGUUUGCUUGACCCUCAUGGAAACUACGAUAUGGAAGGAACUCUGGGAAUCAAGACCUACUACGCCAAUGAGUCUAGUUCUUAUGCUGAAUUCCAGAAGGAAUUCCAAGCUAAGCAUGCAGAAGAAAAUAACUCCAAGCCAGGAAUUUAUGCUCUUCGAGCAUAUGAUACUAUUAAUGCCAUUUCACAGGCCAUAGAAGGAAUCCCUAAUAACACCACUAGUACUAGCCUUCAGGGUAUGAUAACUAGAUCGUUGAGCAAUUACAACGGUUUAAGUGGGAAAAUGCAACUAAAAGGAGGUGAGGUACCGCUGGAUUCUCCGAGAUUCAGGAUCAUAAAUAUUGUGGGUGGGAAGACAGAUAACGAAUUAAACUUUUGGAUACCAGACUUUGGAUUUUCAGAAAGCCUUGAAAAAGUAUCAGACAAAUACAGAAGUAAUGAUGGUGUUGGCAAAGUCAUUUGGCCCGGGAACCCAACACUGCCCUCCAAAGGCUGGGCAAUGCCCACUGAUGAGAAGCCAAUGAAAAUUUUGCUCCCAGCUUACCACGAAAAUUUUGUAAGGCAUAUCAGCGGGGAGAACUCAAAUGAGAUGGGAAAAGAGGGUUUAUGUUUAGGAAAGGAAAAACACGGUUUAUGCUCAGGAAAGAUAUAUGACGGUUUGAGUAUUGAUCUUUUCUGUUGCGUGCUAUCUAAAUUGAAUUAUUCCUUGCCACAUGAAUUUGAGUUAUUUAACAAGGCCAAUGGCACUUACAAUGAUAUGGUAGAACUAGUCUAUAACAAGACUUUUGAUGCUGUGAUUGGCGAUAUGACUGUACUUGCAUCGCGAAUUGACAAAGUGGAUUUCACUCAACCAUAUCUGGAGUCUGGUUUGUCAUUGAUAGUACCAGAUAAAUCUAAUGAGUCAACAUGGCUGUUUAUGAAACCUUUCACAUGGCAGAUGUGGGUGGCUAGUUGUGCCAUCUUAAUCUACACCAUGUUAAUAAUAUGGUUCCUGGAGGGUCCUUCCAGUCCAGAAUUUGAUGGUCCAUUGAUGAAUCAGAUCGCCACAGCUACUUGGUUCUCCUUCUCAUCUCUGUUCUUUGCUCACAGAGAGAAAAUCUAUAGCAAUUUGACACGAGUAGUUUUCAUAGUGUGGCUGUUUGUUGUAUUCAUCCUAAACUCAAGCUACACCGCUAAUCUGUCUUCGAUGCUUACAAUUCAACGACUGAGCCCGAAUGUAACGGACAUUGAAAUGUUAAGGACAACCAACUCAUUAGUUGGUUGUGAUAACGAUUCAUUUGUAAGGGAUUACCUGGAGAAUGUUCUUCAAUUAAAAAACAUCGAGACAGUAGAGAGCAACUUAAAACCCGAUACCUUCAGCAGCAACACGAGAUUAUCUGCUGUAUUUCUUGAACUCCCAUAUGCAGAAGUUUUCAUGAACGAUUACUGUGAGGGAUUUACCAACACCAAAGCCACCUACAGUUUUGGAGGCUUUAGCUUUGCAUUUCAGAAAGGUUCUCCAAUAGCGAGGAAUUUCUCUAAGGUCAUCCUAGAUCUAUUGGAGAACGGAAAAAUGAGAGAACUUCGAGAUCACUGGUUGAAUCCGAGCAAAUGUCCAACCAAUACAACUUCCGAUAUGCCAGAAAACUUGACCAUCGAGAGCUUUUGGGGCAUCUUUGUAAUAUCCGGUGCGACUUCCACCCUCUGUCUUCUAUCUUCUGCCAUCUUGAAAAAGUUUGGACACCAAGCAGCAUCCGGAACACGCCCUGAAAAUUCCGUACAAGUGCUCUAAGUUUCUUAAUGAUUGAUUAUAUUA